AUGACUCGGCUUCUGCUGCAAACAGUUGGAGUAGUUCUGAUCGUCUGCGCACGAUCCGGAUCGGUUAUCCUCGGCGAUGAUAAUCCGAUCAGUGAAGUCGUUGACGGUCUUCACGAACUCCAGUCGUCCAAUAUUCUUAAAGCAGUCGGCAACUCGCUCUCCUUCGCCCGCUUUGCUCAUAAGUACGGGAAGACGUACGAGAGCUCGGAGGAGAUAGAGAGGAGGUUCCACGUUUUCUCGGACAAUUUGAGGAUCAUCCGAGCGCAUAACACAAAGGGACUCUCCUACUCUAUGGGACUUAACGAGUUUUCUGAUCUGACAUGGGACGAGUUCAAGAAUCACAGACUGGGAGCUGCUCAAAAUUGCUCUGCUACAAAAACUGGCAACCAUAAGCUCACUCACUCUGUCCUUCCUGAUUCGAAAGACUGGAGGGAAAGUGGAAUUGUUAGCCCAGUGAAAAGUCAAGGUGGUUGUGGAUCUUGCUGGACAUUCAGUUCCACGGGAGCACUGGAGGCGGCUUAUGCGCAAGCAUAUGGAAAGAGCAUUUCCCUGUCCGAGCAGCAGCUCGUUGAUUGUGCUGGAGCCUUCAACAACUUUGGCUGCAGUGGUGGCUUGCCCUCUCAAGCCUUCGAAUACAUCAAAUACAACGGCGGCCUUGAGACCGAGGCUGCAUAUCCGUACACUGCAAAGGAUGGAGUAUGCAAGUUUUCCUCUGAAAAUGUUGCUGUCAAAUUACUAGACUCUGUCAAUAUCACCCUGGGUGCUGAAGAUGAGCUUAAGCAUGCGGUUGCAUUAGUUCGGCCAGUGAGUGUUGCGUUUGAGGUGGUUGCUGGAUUCCGAAAUUACAAGAGUGGAGUCUACACCAGCACCACUUGUGGCAGCGAUCCAAAGGAUGUUAACCACGCUGUUCUCGCUGUUGGUUAUGGAGUUGAAAAGGGCGUGCCGUAUUGGCUCAUCAAGAACUCAUGGGGAGCUGACUGGGGUGACAAUGGCUACUUCAAGAUGGAGAUGGGCAAGAACAUGUGUGGUGUGGCUACAUGUGCAUCAUACCCUAUAGUUGCUUAAGCAAACAUCUUCAACAAAAGCUACAGUUUCAGAUGUUUUGCAUAAAUAAGACAAGAGUUAUACCCAAUUAGAUUUUUAAUGUCCACCCUCUCUGUAUAUAAUCUUAAAUUGUCAUUCUUCACAACACUUUAAUUGUGCGAUGUCCU